CGGCGGCCGCAGCGGGGCCAGAGCAGCGCCGCCGCCAGCGCCGCGGGCCGCGCCGGGCCAUGCGCUCCCCCGCGCCCUGAGGCCAGGGCCGGGCGGCCCGGCUCGCCGCUCCGCAGCGCGAUGGCUCUCCGCGGAUCCUACGCCGCCCGGGACGGCGCUGCCGCAUCAAGCUGCCCUGGAUUGCAAAACCGGGGAGGGGGAACUGAACCGAGAUUUCCCCUUCCCCCCCGACAAGCACAGGUUUAAAGGCAAAGAGGAGGAGGAGGAGAAAAAAAACAACCCCAACGCCCCAAGAAGACAGAGUGAAACUUGAGUUUAAGCCGGCUUCCCCCGCCCGCGUCCUGCCGGCUCAGCCCCUCCGCGCCCGGCCGGGGCCUUGCACUGCCGCCCCGAGCCCUCCUCCGGCCCCGCGACCCCGAGCCCAGCCCGGCGGACGGAGGCGCCGUCCCCGCUGGAUGCGGGGGGGAGCAGGCGAUUGGCGCCCAUGCACUUUCUGUUUAGGAGGAAGACAAGUAACCAAGCCACGUUGUCAAACUGCUGACCCAAGGGGGACAUGAGAAGACUGUGUCAGGUAUAGACUGAUCUGGGGAUCGAUACAAUUUGUCUAAUGCAACGGGGGAUCGGGGGUUAAGUACACGGCGGGGAAGAGAGGAUCCAUUUGCUGAGAGGGAACGGGACGGCUACACCUUGAUACCAAAAAUACAGUCCCGGCAGCAGCGAAGUACGAGGCGAGGAUCCAGCUCCCUGCAGACCGCCGGAUCGAUGAUACCGUAUUUGCAAAACCGGCCCAUCGAUCCCACUUGGCAAAAGGACUGAUCGAUGCCAGCUCGCUCGUAAGCCGUUUGCAAAACUACCUUCUCCCCUCUCGGCUCUGAGCGCUCCCCGCCGCCUCCUCCCCCCGACACCCUUUUUGGGGCGAAGGGGGCCCACACGUGUCCCCCCCUCCCCCCCAGCACGCCCUCCUCCCUCCCGCCCCCUGCCCGCGCCAGGCCCGUCGCAAAUGGCUUCGUUUCCCGAGUCGGACUUCCAGAUCUGCCCGCUGUGCAAGGAGAUGUGCGGCUCGCCGGCCCCCCUCUCCUCCAACUCCUCCACCUCGUCGUCCUCCUCGCAGACCUCCAGCUCCUCCGCGGGCGGCGGCGGCGGCUCCUCCUGCGGGGGCCCGCCGCGGCGGCUCCACGUCCUGCCCUGCCUGCACGCCUUCUGCCGCCAGUGCCUGGAGGCGCAGCGGCACCCCGGCGCGGGGGACGCGCUCAAGCUGCGCUGCCCCAUCUGCGACCAGAAGGUGGUGAUCUCGGAGCCCUCGGGCAUGGACGCGCUGCCCUCCUCCAACUUCCUCCUCAGCAACCUGCUGGACGUCGUCGUCGUGGCCGCCGCCGCCGACGAGCAGAAGAACGGCCGCGCCGCCGCCGCCGGCCCCGCCGCCGGCUCCGGCGCGGGCGGCGGCGGCGGCAACAACCGCCACCACGGCCGCCCGCCGCCGCCGCACCGCGCCGGCUCCUCGCCCGCCGCCGCCGCCGCCUCCGCGCCCCCCUCGACGCCCGCGGCGGCGGCGGGCGGCGGCUCGGCGGCGCUGCUGCUGCGGCGGCCGCACAGCCGGCAGGGCGAGCCGCGCUGCAGCUCCUGCGACGAGGGCAACGCGGCCAGCUCCCGCUGCCUCGACUGCCAGGAGCACCUGUGCGACAACUGCGUGCGGGCGCACCAGCGCGUCCGCCUCACCAAGGACCACUUCAUCGAGCGCUUCGCCGCCGCCGGCCCCGCCGCGCCGCUCGCCCUCAGCCCGCCCUACCCCGCCGCGCCCUACAACAUCCUCUCCGUCUUCCCCGACCGCGCCAGCUACUGCCAGCACCACGACGACGAGGUGUUGCAUUUCUACUGCGAUACCUGUUCUGUCCCCAUAUGUCGGGAAUGUACCAUGGGACGACAUGUGGGUCACAGCUUUAUCUACCUCCAAGAUGCCCUCCAGGAUUCCAGGACUCUCACCAUCCAGCUCCUGGCAGAUGCUCAGCAAGGACGACAGGCUAUUCAACUGAGCAUUGAACAGGCCCAGGCUGUGGCAGAGCAGGUUGAGAUGAAAGCUAAGGUGGUACAGUCUGAAGUCAAAGCAGUGACAACUAGACAUAAGAAGGCCCUGGAAGAGCGGGAGUGCGAGCUGCUUUGGAAGGUGGAAAAGAUUCGUCAAGUCAAGGCUAAGUCACUCUACUUGCAAGUUGAGAAGUUACGUCAGAACCUGAAUAAGCUGGACAACACUAUUAGUGCUGUCCAGCAGGUCCUGGAGGAGGGCCGUACCAUGGAUAUUCUUCUGGCACGGGACCGUAUGCUGGCUCAGGUGCAGGAGCUGAAGAAUGUGAGGGGCCUUCUCCAGCCACAGGAGGAUGACCGGAUCAUGUUUACUCCCCCUGAUCAGGCAUUGUAUAUGGCCAUUAAAUCAAUGGGCUUUGUCAGCAGUGGGGCUUUUGCUCCUCUGACCAAAGCUACUGGGGAAGGCCUCAAGCGUGCACUGCAGGGCAAAGUAGCCUCUUUCACAGUGAUAGGCUAUGACCAUGAUGGUGAGCCUCGCCUUUCUGGAGGCGACAUGAUCUCUGCAGUGGUGAUGGGCCCAGAUGGAAACCUGUUUGGGGCAGAUGUCAGUGAUCAGCAGAAUGGGACCUACCUGGUCAGCUAUCGUCCACAGAUGGAGGGAGAGCACCUGGUGUCCGUGAUGAUGUGCAACCAACACAUCGAGAACAGCCCCUUCAAAGUCAUGGUGAAAUCUGGCCGCAGCUACAUUGGUAUUGGGCUACCUGGGCUCUCGUUUGGCAGCGAGGGAGACAGCGAUGGCAAACUCUGCCGCCCCUGGGGCGUUAGUGUAGACAAAGAAGGCUACAUCAUUGUUGCUGACCGCAGUAAUAACCGUAUCCAGGUGUUCAAGCCAUGCGGGACUUUCCAUCACAAGUUUGGCACACUGGGCUCCCGGCCUGGCCAGUUCGAUCGGCCCGCUGGCGUGGCCUGCGACAUCUCGCGUAGAAUUGUUGUGGCUGACAAGGACAAUCAUCGUAUCCAGAUCUUCACGUUUGAGGGGCAGUUCAUUCUGAAAUUUGGGGAGAAAGGAACCAAGAAUGGGCAAUUCAAUUACCCAUGGGAUGUGGCUGUCAACACCGAGGGCAAAAUCCUGGUCUCCGACACAAGGAACCAUCGUGUUCAGCUGUUUGGGCCUGAUGGUGUGUUUCUGAACAAGUAUGGCUUCGAAGGGGCACUCUGGAAGCACUUUGAUUCCCCCAGAGGUGUGACUUUCAAUCACGAGGGCCACUUGGUAGUGACAGACUUCAACAACCAUCGCCUUUUGGUCAUCCAUCCAGAUUGCCAGUCAGCGCGCUUUCUGGGCUCGGAGGGUACUGGGAACGGCCAGUUCCUGCGCCCCCAGGGAGUGGCGGUGGAUCAAGAGGGGCGCAUCAUUGUGGCCGAUUCCAGGAACCACCGGGUGCAGAUAUUUGAGUCAAAUGGUAGCUUUUUAUGCAAGUUUGGCACUCAGGGAAGCGGCUUUGGUCAAAUGGACCGUCCUUCAGGUAUAGCCGUCACCCCUGAUGGCAUGAUUGUUGUGGUCGACUUCGGAAACAAUCGAAUUCUCGUCUUCUAAUCUGUGUUUGAAUUAGGAAGAAACUGUCUCAGGGAAAUUCUUCUAAGAGAAAAUGAAAAAAUACAACGUUAAUUCAAACCUACCUCAUCUUUAAUUUUUUUACAGAUGAAUGUACUUAUCUUUUCUGCAGGGAGUGAGCCUGUAAAGUUAAAUUCUAUCUACCUCAUUGUCCUCCCUUCCCUCCCCUGUUUUUUCUCCCCCUUCCCCUCCCCACAUACUCACAGUUCAGAAAAUUUUACCUCUCCCCCGGAUGGGGUUUCAUGCACAAACAUGUGUUGCUGUGCACAUUAGGUGAUUUGUGUGGUGAAUUCUGUAGACUAAGCCAAAAAGGCUCUAUAUAGUUUUUUUUAAUGGAGGGAGGAAAAAAAAUAAGUAAUAGGUAUUUUGUAGAGAAUUUGUGUUCUUGAUCAUACUGCAGUUCUGUGGGUUGGGGACAUGGGAGGGGGGAAUUUUUUUGAAUUGCUGCUGCAGCAGAGAACUCUUUCCUGUUCUCCUUUUUAUACCUCAGUGUGUUUGAUUUACUGGUGAGCAGUGUCUUGUUUCCAGAAGACUAAACGAUUUGUGAAAGUGAGUGGGAUUCACUCGCCAGAAAGAGCAAGUUCGCAUCUUUUUUUUGGCAUUUCUGUGUAUUUUUCUAAAAAGCAGUAAUCAAACAGCACAAAGCAAAGCUGAUAAAAAUGCACAAUAUUUCUUUAAGUUUAAACCAAAUUAUUCAUUUUAGUGGCUUAGUACAGUCAUUAUAAAGUUUAGAUAAAAAGCAAGGCUUCCUUUAAUGUAUCCUGUCCUUUGAGUAUUUUUUUUUUUACCACUUUCACCUGAAAGUUGUUAGGUUGUUUGUUUGUUUAGACCGUUGCUAUUGUUUUUUUUUUUUUUUUAAUCAGUAUGUGCAACUAAUUUGGAUAGCAGCAGAGGUUACAAGGAGCAUCGAAGUAGGGAAAAUCAAACCCUUGAUUUAAGGUUGUUUCUUGUGAAAUGACUAGCUUUUAUUUUUUUCUUCCCCUCCCUGUAGAGAGACUUUAAGGGAAUAAAGUUGAAUGGAUUUGUUAAAGCAAAGUGGUACCUUUUCCAAAAAUAAGAAUAAGCACAGCUUUGGAGAUUCAGGGUGCGUUUCAGAGAAGUCCACAGCUUUUGUCUUUUAAAGAGGAUUGCAAUACCUUGAUCAGUGACAGAAUAUAAUUCAUCUCAUCCUCUGCUUCCCUCAAGAGCUGGAUUGAAAUGUUCAGGAAGCUUUAUUUUAGUUUUUAGGGUGGGGCAGGCCUGUGGCCGUAUGUACUGUUUUGCUAUAGAUCUAAGUAAAAAGUUACCAGCAUAAAGCAAGCUAGAUACACAUAAAGCUUUGCUGCUUUAUUCCAGGGCAGUACCAAAGAAUUCUGUGUAAAAUAAAUUAAUCUGAUUCUUUAAAGCUUGGGGGCAGGGGGGACUAGCCUUAUUAGGGAUAUAAACUUUUUCUGAGAAGCAGAGACUUUUUGGAAAGGUUUGGGAGAAUGGAGAUCAUCUUAGUAAAACCAUGUUGACAGUGAAUCCCUGGAGGUCUUUAGUUUGUUCUUCAGUUUCUUGCAUUCCAGUUUAGCUCUUAGUACCGAUGUGGUCUCUAGAGAGCUGUUGCUUCACCCUCUGGAUAGGACCUUUGGUGGCAAACCGGAAUGGUUAAAGUAGGGAACAGAGGGCUUUUCAAUCACACAGCAAUGGAAGAGUUCACACAUCCGUACUCUUCUCCUUGGAAAUGCUGUGAGAUUUGCAUUAUUGUUUGCAAGAGAAGAUCUCUGAAACAGAAGCAAGGUUAUUGUCAGAAAGGCUGAAGUGCCUUACCGCCCUCCAAGGAAAGGGUUCAUCUCUUUGCCAGCCACCAUGCACAAAAGUGACCUGAGAUUGAAAGGCUCUUUACAAGUUUGUGAGAAAUCACAAGGUGCACUUUCCUUGUUGCUGCUUUCCCCUCCAAGGAGUGUUAACUUUCUGGGUUUUGUAGAAAUCCUGAUGCUGUGUGCAGGCAGAUAGCUGCUGCUUAGAAGGAGGCUUAAACUAAAGGGCUGGAGAGCGACAGCGAUACAAUGAGAUGGCUAAACCUCUUUUAAAAGAAGGGUGAGAAAAACACCUUAAUUAAAUAAGAUAAAAUAACUGUGCUGCCUUUUAGCCAAAGCCUCAAGGAAGCAAACUCUUCAAAGCAGUAUGUUUCAGCUAGGCUUAAUCUUAGGAUAGCAUGGUUUAAAAAUUAUCUUUUAAAGGAUGAUCUUUUAUAGAGAUGUCUGUCAUUAAACUUGUGUGGCCAUUCAAAAUAUGGGUAUGAGAGAAAACUAAUUUACAUUUAAUUCUUUCAAGUUUUACUUCUGUAUGUGCCUCCCUUCUUGGUGGUGGCCUGCAGUUGUGACAUGUCCAUGUUUGUCUUGUCUUAUUCAGUCCAAGAAUUAUUUGUAACUUGGGCUGUGAAAACUAAUUAGCCUGCAAGACCUAGAUACCAAAGAAAACUGGUUUUAAAAGCUUUAAUGUUUAGUUUGCAGUGUCCUUGCAUUUAUCCUACCAUGUCUUAAUAAAAAUGCCUGGUCUCUUCCUAUCUUGACCAGAGUGGCUGUCAGUGCUGGAGUAUGGCUAGAAAUGCUCUUGUGCUUUAAUGCUUAUUGGGUCCCACCCCUUUCUCUGAGCUUGGGGAAGGGAAUUUUUGGAGAGAAAGUUAAGCAUGUUUGGCAUCUUCAUGCUGAACUGUAGAAACAUUCUUGUCUUUCUUCAACCUGUAGUGCUUAGAUGAUGGCAGACACUGAAGUUGCCCUUUGCUGUUUUGUAUGGAUCCAUUGCCCAAACCACCAGUCCCGUUCUUCUAUCAGGAAGAGGAAUGACUUGAUCUUUAAGUUGCUGUCUAUUUAAUUUUGGUGAAUUUGCCUACAAACCAGAUGAUUAGGCCUCAAGUUCUUGACCUCACAUGUUGGGGAGCUUUUUGGUUUUAAAAACACUACUAUUUAGCUACCCAAAUUAAUUUCUAAUCUGUUUGUCAUAGAUGGUGCUAAGCACACUUGGUCUCAUUGAUAAGUAGUAUAGCUUAUAAAAUGGAAUGUUUUAUAUGCAAUGAAAAUAAGUAGCAAAAAUAUUAUACAAGCUUAAUGCCAACAUCAGAUGCCCCAUAGGGGCUUUUAAAAAGUAAUACGUGGAUCAUAAACAAGAUUCAAACCUGGCUCUUUUUUUUUGUUUUUUUGUUUUUUUGUUUUUUCCCCCAUGCAUGUUCUCAGGCUAAUGCCCCAGUAUCGUAAUGUGUGUGGUAAAAGAGGGUACAGAGGAAAAGCAAAAGUGUGAAGUUGGAUUGCAGACCAAGUGUACAGAGUAGUCUGAACUAGUGGAAAUGGCUGGGAGAAAGGUGUGAGAUGAGCUUGUUCCUCUCUCUUAGCUCUGGCGUUGGGGAUCAAUAGAUUUGGAUUAGCAGACUUGUCUACUUUGAACUCCCAAAGGAAUUUAACUAUGCCAAGUUAAACCAGUGGCUCUCAGUAAACUUUUUUUUUGAUGAAACAUUAUCAGUGGUCAGAUUCUUGCUUUUGCAGGUUCAGCCUAUGGAGCAAUCCUGCCCUUUCUCAGAACCGUUUAAGCAGGAAUUUCAGUAGCAAAUAAGCAGAUAAUUUUACUGCUUUUAUUUAGUACCCUUUAAGUAUAAUUUAUUUGGGAAGCCUGUGAACCUAAACUAUAAAUAAGGUGGAGGGUGGGAUAACACACAAAAACUAAUGCAUAUUUUAGGGCCAGACAUAACCAAGUUGGGAGAAAGAAGAACAAGGCACUUGGAUAUGGCAUUCCUGUGGAAUUGCUGGAAAAUGGGCCCAGUCUCUUUAGCUAAAUUUGAACCAAAAUUGAUUAAUCUCUAAAGACAGCAGGUUUAUAGGCUUAUCUGGCCAUAUCUUAUUUUACUGCUUCUAAUGAUCAUGAGAUUUCUGUGUUUAGUUCUGGGUGGGUGUUUUUUUUUUUUUUUUUUUUUUUUUUUAAGUGCCAAAGUGUCUGGUUUUGUGGGUGGUGUGUUUUUUUUCUUUUUUUUUUUUUUAAGGAGUGUAAGCCAAAUGGUGCCAAAAGAAAAUAGGGUAUUUAAAAAUAGAGAUGUUUAGACAAACAGUUUGGAGCUGUAUAAAAAAUGAACACUGGUACUUGCUUUAGACAAAUAUUGUACCUUUGGUCUUUGAGUCCUUGGGAGUUUGAAACCCAGUUUGCUGUGGUACAAAAUGCACAACUAGAGAUGCCACUUUUUUUUUCUUGAAGUUCUACCUCAAUUUGCAGAACUAAAUCAUCUACCUCAAUCAUCAGACAGGUUUGAGAAAUAAUUGAGAAUCUGUGUGGGGGAAGGAUUCAUCCUGCCUGUUGGACAAGCAUUUUAAUUGAAACAAGAUACUAAGUGUGUACAAUGUGGUGACUUCUUGCUUUUUUUUAAAUUUUCCACUGCCUGCCCAUGGAAAUAUUAAACUGUCCUUGCUAGAGAAACUGUAAAUAAAACCAAAUGUUCAUCUAUUGGACUGAGCAAAUAGAAACACUUUAGAGUUUGUUCUGCUUUCACUAUGAAGUAUGAAAAUGUAAACUCUUUUCAGUAUUAUGACACUACUAGCUGACACGACAUACUUCAUUUUCAUUUGCAGAGUUCCUAUGUCCUUAAGACCUUUAGGUCUCCUCUCUACAAGAGAAAAAUUUACUUUUAUGCAUGCCUACAAAUAUGCCCAGUUUGGAAAGACAAAGGUUAUGAUUUCUGUAAACACAAUGCUGUACCAAAUGCUUGAAGGGAAUAAGAUACUGAUUUUUUUUGACUUGGUGAUUGUAUUUGUAGUUUUCUUGACACAAUGGGAUUUUUUCCACCAUGACAGAGCAACCAAGUUCCUAUUCCUGGAGAGCAGUUUAGGUUCUGAUAUUCUUUGGAGAGGCAGUUUAAAACCAGUACGUUGGGGUUUUUACGCGACUUUAAUAGUGACAUGCAACAUGCCCUGUGUUUUACCUGUGGAGUAAAGUUGCAGAAGCACAUUAUCACAAUAUUGUAUUGAAAAUCUUUUUCCUCCCUUAGUUGUAUUUGGGGGUGACAGAAGUGGGUACAGGAAAUCCCUAAUAAUGAUAGACUGGGUUUGGUAAAUGUUAUGGUGGAAAACGUACAUUGUCUCUAAGUGAUCUUACGGGUUAACAAGCCAGAUUGGCAUCUCUUUCCAUCAUUGUUUAACCAAUAAUGGUUCUAAAAAUGCUUUGUGUACCUGCAUGGUCUUAGACCUUCUAUUAAUGAUUGUAUCAACCUACAAACUCAGGUAGAUAAUUUUUUAAGCUCUUUUCAUAGAGCCUUACUGACUGAAUGUUAAGUGUCUGUGUAGUGAUGUAGUUAAGUAUCUUCCUUUUGAACUACCAGACUAGUUUAAAAAAAAAAAGUCCUUUUCUAGGUUUGUAGAAUACUUCUCAGACAGCGUAGUAGUUCUCCCUUCAGAGGGAGAGAUGUCUGUUCCUGGGUUUUGUUUUUAGUUUCUUUUCUAAAAUGACUAAGAAGUUUUUAACUAGUUUGUAAGGUGUGCUUAGUCACCCAAGUUGGUGGGGGUUUCUUACGGUAUGUGACUAUUGUUUGUACUGUGCAUUACCUGCCAUGCCCUGCUUUGUUAGUGCACAAUUCGCUGCAAGUAGUGAGGGUGCUGGACUCAUCCCUACAGUUUAAUGUGGUCUUUUUUGUUCAGGUGUUAAAUAAGUAGAAACUGGAAGCCUUGAACAAAUGGAGGUUGUCCAAAUGAAACCAGUGUGACAAACUUGCAUUUUCUCACCUUGUCGAAAUGACCGUAGAUGUAUGGCUCCAUCUUAUACACUAGUAAUUAAGUCUUAUAAGUUUUGUUGUCUUGAUGCAGGUUGGCAUCAGGAUCCAGAAUGACUUUGUGAUAUUGGGCGUCUUGAACCAACUGAAUUGGUUUUGUAGUUUCCUGUUCUGCUGCAGUUGUAUUUCUCUUCUACUUUAGUGAUUAAUCAUGCUGCUCUCCUAAUAAUAAUAAAAACAUCUCAGCAGGACAGACAGUGCUCUGCUUUUAAUGAGCUGCUCGGAGCAUUUAUAACUAACUGAUAAUGAAACUGGCUCUGACGAACUCCCAUUCUCCAAAAAGGGCAUCUCAUUUCUACUUGGACAAAGUGACAUUUUUAAACUUAAGAUGUUGAGUACCACAAAGAAGAAAGCAUGACAGGUUUUGUGCAAACUUUUGUGUAGGAUAAGUGAGCAAAAUGUUAGAACUCUUGUGUUAAUGGAGGCUUCUGAAUGUAUCUUUGUGGUCCAUAGGGAAGGCUGAAGGAUGUAGCAAGGAGAUGACGUAUCAGCUACUGGCAGCCUUAAAACAAAGUCAGUGUCUCUCUGGACUUUAAAAUGUUCCUAUGCAGUUUAUUUUAUUUUUGUUUAAUCAAAUAAAUGUGAGGAGUUUUUUUCAUGGCAA